UGAUGAAGCAGGACCAGAUUUCCAGGUGAAGGUUGAAGUGUAUAGUUGCUGUACAGACGAGUCUUUAUAUAUAACAAACACUCCUAAGAAACUAGCAAAGAAGCUUAAAACAUCCCUCAGCAAAGCUACAGGGAAGAAACUGAGAGCUGUGCUGGAAGAAGACAGCACUGAAUCCCUUUUGCCUGCUGACCUGGUCAUCCAUGGAGCAAAGUACAGUUUGCUAGCAUAUACCAUUUUAGGGCUGGAGAGUGUUGAGGACAAUUUCAGGACCCACAGCCUUACCAUUACAGGAAAUGGGGAAUCCUCUUUUUGGCUCCCCCUGUAUGGAAGCAUGUGUUGCCGUUUAGUUGCUCAGCCUUCCUGCAUGGCUAGAGAUAUGAUGGCAGGAUUUCUUAAUCAGCAGCAAAUGAUAGGGAGUCUAAGUAGCUGGAGGAGGCUGUAUUGUAUACUAAGAGGUGGCAAGCUCUUUUGUUAUUACUCACCAGAAGAAACUGAGGCUAAACUGGAGCCAGCAUUAACAGUUUCCAUCAACAAGGAAACCAGAAUUCGAGCUCUGGAUAAGGACUCCAAGGGAAGAACUAAUAACUUCUCUGUUAUCAACCCCGUGUCUGGAGAGGCUGUGACGCAACUUUUUGCUACUGACAGUAGGGAUGAACUUCAUAAGUGGAUGGAGGCUUUCUGGCAGCACUUUUGUGAUCUGAGCCAGUGGAAACAUUGUUGUGAAGAACUUAUGAAAAUUGAGGUUAUGUCACCACGGAAACCACCUUUGUUCUUGACAAAAGAAGCAACCUCCGUCUACCAUGAUAUGAGCAUUGAUUCUCCAGUGAAACAUGAGGGCUUAGCUGAUAUCAUACAAAGAAAAAUAGAAGAGAGUGAUAAUGAGUUCCUGCUUGGCCAGCAAAAAGAGUCUACAUCUUCCCUGUGGGCUUCACUCUUUGAUGGAUCUCAUGGGAUGGUUGUUCAGAAAAACAGGCAUCUAGGCCCAAAAAGAGAUACUACAAGUCCUAAUGACAGCAGAGGAAAAAAAAGAAGAGCUCCACCUCCACCCUCUGAUAAGUCACCAUACAGUGCAAAAGCAAAGGUGAACACAGAGCAAUUGGUCAAGGAAAACUGGGAGAAGUCUGACUGCACAUCUACUGGUAUAUAUAAUUUUUCCUUUGAUUCAAAGUUAUCUGUGAAAAUGCAGCAGUUGCAGACACCCAUUGCUGCUCCUUGCAAAAUUGGUCCUUGUAGAAAAAGCCAUGGGAAUUCCAUUUCAUUGGUUAACAAGACCAAGUCGGUAUCAACCCCUAGACAGAAAUGCAUCACAGAAAUGCUAGACCCUAGAUCAUGGUUGCAGCCAUAG